GCGAGUGUUCGUCACUUUUGUCUUUCUCUGCGGGAUUAAAAGUGACAAACAUCUUUUUGUUUCGUGCUGACAUCAUGAACUUGUUUUUAUUCGUUCUUCUGGUCGUGCAAAUGCACAGCGUGACGCCUGUGAUUCACACGCUGCAGUAUUUCACCACUGCGUCCUCUCAAGUUCCAAACUUCCCAGAGGUUGUGAUUGUUGGUUAUGUUGAUGGAGUUGAGAUUAGUUACUAUGACAGCAACAUCAGGAAAGCAGAAUCCAAACAGGACUGGAUGAACAAAAUCACAGCAGAGGAUCCAAAAUACUGGCAGAGACAAACAGAGAUCAGUGUUCGUAAUGAGUUAAUUGCCAAACACAACCUUGAAGUUCGUAAGAAGCGUUUCAACCAAACUGGAGGUGUUCACAUUGUCCAGUGGAUGUAUGGAUGUGAAUGGAAUGAUGAGACUGAUGAGGUUAAAGGUUGGGAUCAGCACGGUUAUGAUGGAGAAGAUUACAUAUCGUUGGACAUGAAGACAUGGACAUUUACUGCAGCAAAACCACAAGCUUUCCCUGACAAACUCAAGUGGGACCAGAACAUAUUUCUACUAGACCACCAGAAGUAUUAUUACACUGAGGAUUGUCCUUCUUACUUGAAGAAGCAUGUGAAGAAUGGGAAGAAGGUCCUAAUGAGAACAGAGCUUCCAGAGGUGUUCCUCCUCCAGAAGACGCCAUCCUCUCCAGUCACCUGCAUGGCGACAGGUUUCUACCCCGACUUUGCCGACCUGUUUUGGAGGAAAGACGGCGAGCAGAUCUUCGAGGACGUGGAGCACGGAGAGCUGCUCCCCAACCACGACGGAACCUUCCAGAUGUCGGUGGAGCUGAAAGUGGAGGUGACGGCCGAGGUGGAGGGCAAGUACGAAUGUGUGUUCCAGCUGUCUGGCGUCAAGGAGGACCUGGUCACCAAGUUGGAGAGAAGAAGCAUCCUGAGCAACGCAAGCCAUGAAGACAACUGGAGCGUCGCCCUCGCUGCCACGGCGGCGGUCGUCGCUGUGGCGGCCGUCCUGGCGGCCAUCAUCAUCGUCAUGGUCAGGCGUCACAGAAACAGACAAGGUGAGGGACACCAAUGUCCUCCGUCUUCUUCUUCUUCUUCUUCUUCUUCUUCUUCUUCUCGGUCCAGGCCGUGAGUUGAUGCUUUCAUCCGGGCUGCAUGUUUUAGUUGCCUUCCAGCCAAUCACUCAAAGAUCCACAGAGACAGAGCGCACACUCUCACAUAGAAACACGUGAGGAAAAAGUCCAUUUCACCUUGUUUCACUUUCAU